AUGGCACCUGUAGCCGCGUCGGCAGCAUCGAAUAAGGCCAUGUCGGCGUCGUCCGAGGUAUCGCUGUACAUCUUGAAUCCAAACAGCUCGUCGGUGAUCACAGCUGCUCUGGCAUCGAAUCUCUCAGCGCAGACACCGGCGGGCUGCACAUCCACAUUUGUCACGGGACCGCCCACGUGUCCGGCGACGAUCCAAGAUUCAGCCGAGAUGAUCAUCUCGACCGCCGAGACGUACAAGGCGCUGGUCGCGGCGUCGCCGUCGUCGACGCUUGCUUUGCAUCCGGCAUCGGCAUUUCUAGUGGCGUGCUUUUCGGACCAUCCUCUGGUUGGCAUUCUCCGCGAAAAGGCGCCCGACAAACCAGCGAUGCAUCUGCUAGAAGCUGCUGUGAUCCACUCGCUCUGUGUCGGGCACAAGUUCGGCAUCCUCACCACAGCCCAGAGUAUGGUGUCCGACCUCGAGUGCGGCGUGCGCAAGGUGUUGGGUGGUAAUUCGGAUCGGUUCGUCGGCACACAUGCUACAGGGCUCGGCGUGGUCGAGCUGCAGACUGGCAACCGCGAUGUCGUCGAGCACAAGCUCAAAGCGGGCGCCAGACAGUUGGCCGCCAACGGCGCUGAUGUCAUCGUCCUAGGCUGUGCAGGUAUGACCGGCUUCGAGUCUCUGGUCAGGCUUGCGUGCGACGAGGUCGGGUGCACCGGCGUCAAAGUCGUCGAUGGUGCCAAAGCCGGCUUGCAGAUCUUGGCCGGAUUGGCCAGAGUCAAUUACCGCUCGUAA